AGGUCCAUUUUGUGUGGAAAUAAGUGAUUCCCAGAGGACUGUCCCAAUGACAGAGCUGUCUGCGCAUUUACCCCAGUUUCAGCAUGGGCAGCUGACAGAAAACUUCCCUGAUACCCACCUCAGCAACACUGUGAGAGAUUAAUUUUUAUUGAAGACUUCUGCCAGAUUUAAAAGACAGAGCUCAGUGAUAAGCUGUGGGCUCACCACUGUUACAGGUGUUACUGACUUUUUAGCUUCAGAGUUUUCACUUUUAACUAUGUCUGAGGAAAGUGAAGAGUCUGUUCCUUUGCUUCCACUUCAGCAAGAGUCCAUGGCCUCUGCUCUGUUUAAUACUGAUCAGAAUGACAACAGUGAAAGACGUCGCCAUGAUAAUAGUGAGCGCAGAAGAAACGACAAUGCCGAGUCUGAGACUAAUGGGCAGCCACAGAACAACGUUCAGCAGGUGGUGGAGCAAGAUGAAGAAGAAGAUGAAGAGUUAACACUGAAAUAUGGGGCAAAACAUGUGAUUAUGCUGUUUGUGCCUGUCACGCUUUGCAUGGUGGUUGUUGUUGCAACUAUCAAGUCUGUCAGCUUUUAUACACGCAAGGAUGGACAGCUCAUCUACACUCCUUUCACAGAAGAGACAGAGACAGUAGGACAGAGAGCCCUGAAUUCUAUUCUCAAUGCAGCCAUCAUGAUCAGCGUCAUCAUCGUCAUGACCAUCCUCCUGGUUGUGCUUUACAAAUACAGGUGCUACAAGGUGAUUCAUGGUUGGCUUAUCAUUUCUUCUCUUUUGCUGCUUUUCUUUUUCUCAUUCAUCUACCUGGGCGAGGUUUUUAAGACGUACAAUGUUGCCAUGGACUACAUUACAGUGGCACUCAUGAUUUGGAACUUCGGUGUUGUGGGAAUGAUUUGUAUCCAUUGGAAGGGUCCACUUCGGCUCCAGCAGGCAUAUCUCAUUAUGAUAAGCGCUCUCAUGGCCUUGGUGUUCAUUAAAUACCUUCCUGAAUGGACUGCAUGGCUCAUCCUGGCUGUCAUUUCAGUGUAUGAUUUGGUUGCUGUCCUGUGUCCUAAAGGUCCCCUUCGCAUGUUAGUUGAAACAGCUCAAGAGAGAAAUGAAACUCUCUUUCCAGCACUUAUUUACUCUUCAACGAUGAUAUGGCUUGUGAACAUGGCUGAGGAGGAUCCAGAAGCCCAACGGAAAUCCAAACACUCCAGUUAUGAUAAGCAAGCUCCAGCAAGCCGGCCCCAGAAUCAAGAUGCUGAAGCAGAUGAUGGCGGCUUUAGUCAGGAAUGGCAGCAACAAAGGGACAACAGAAUAGGACCCAUUGAAUCAACACCUGAAUCACGAGCUGCUGUUCAGGCUCUACCCAGUAACUCUCAAACAAGUGAAGACCCUGAAGAACGAGGAGUAAAGCUCGGUUUAGGAGACUUCAUUUUCUACAGUGUCCUCGUUGGCAAAGCCUCUGCAACAGCAAGCGGGGACUGGAAUACAACUUUAGCAUGUUUUGUAGCCAUAUUAAUUGGUCUGUGCCUUACACUUCUGCUUCUUGCCAUCUUUAAGAAGGCCUUACCAGCUCUUCCAAUCUCCAUAACCUUUGGGCUAGUUUUUUACUUUGCUACAGAUAACUUGGUGCAACCCUUUAUGGACCAGCUAGCAUUUCAUCAGUUUUAUAUCUAGCAGACAUGAUGCGGAAAUGGAUAUUUGUAGCAAAUCUAGGAAGGACGAGGAAAAAUGGGUUUUUGCUCAGUUCUCAAGCGAGACUGAAGUCAAAUACUCCAGAUUCCAAGGCGGAAUCAUUACAGCUUCCUCCGAUGGUGGUUUUUGGUUUGCUUUUUUUCCUGAGACAACUGCUGCACUGGGCACCAUAUGAGUUUUCCUGUGUGAAAGUGGCUUCUUCCUGAUGGCCAGUCUAAGCCAGGUGCUGUUAUAUCAGAGGUCAUCUGAUAUACAUAUCUCUGGUAAGGACCACCUGUGUGAAAAUUGCUAAUGCUUCCACCAGCAAUGUGAUCUCUUACCACAGGCUGAUUGUUUUCACAGCGCUGAGGGUGCUGAGGACUUCCUUGAUGUUAACAGAGGAAGCUGACAAAUCACAUGGAACUUGUCCCUGUAACUGCUUGAAGAGAGAGAACCCAAUCUGGACUUCUUCAGCAGUGAUAUUUUGACAGUGGAGUCCCGACUGUGUAACAGGAAAGGACUUCGUAGCAAUUCGACAAAGGGAGAAAGUACUGUCACUCUAAGAGUGCUCCAUGACUUCAUAGCCUCUGUGCCUGAGUGUGUUUGGUUUAGUAAAUUUAAAAGCUUCUUUUUUUUUUUUUUUUUUUUUUUCCCCUCACUGGAACUAGAGCCUCUUCUCAGUUUUAAUACUUUGUGUUCUCGAGCAUGGAGUGCACCUUCUGUACACCUCCUCCAGUUUAUGUAGCUGCUUAGACUUGGACUGAAUUAUUUGGCAGUAGAGGACCAUAAGGUUCUAAAUUGGAUCUUAUAUUUUAAAAGGUUAAUAAACUACAUUAAAAAGCAGUUUUGGGACUUACUCUUUGGGCUCUUGCAAAUCGUUUUGCUAGAACACCAUUUCAAACCCUGCAUUUGAAAAUAGUCACUAACAGCACGGACUGCAUCACUGGUGGAUGUUCCUUCUGUUGGCAUUCUUAUGAAGUAAGUAGGCGUUUGCAGCAAUCCCAGAUGGAGUUUAGCUUGCCAGAUCUAGAGAUUGAAGUGCUAUUAGGAGCUCUUUGCAUCACUGAAAUUCUUGGUCAUCAAAAACAUGGUUUAGAGUUCUGUUGACCUGAGUAUUGGUCACUCAGCUGUCUAACACCUCCAGCUGGCAAGGAUUUUUUUUUGUGCAGUAUCUUUAUUAGUGAGGAUACUUAAGUUAAGUGAGAGAUUGCUUAGUGUCACUAAGGAGCAAAUGUUAUGAGCCUCUUCACUUUAAUUACCUCUCUCGUGAAGAACUGGUGAUUUGGCAAAAUGAAGGACAAUUCAAUAUCGCUGAAAAGAAAAUAGGAGAUUUUGAUCUUCCUAUGAGAAGAGUCUGUUUGAACCUUAAAAUGGCUAAACUCUGUGAUUUCUUCUUCAUUUGAAAGAACUCAUUUAUGAAUAAACUGCUUGGAAAUGAGACGGCUGAGAUGAAGUUGGUUUUGCCAUAAAUCCUUACUGUGUACAAGUAACGUUUUUUCUUGGGAACCAUAGGGAGUGCAUGGGCAUUCUGUUUUACUUGCAUCUUGAUACUGGAGUCUUUGCCAAGUAGAGCAACUGUCAAAAUCAUGACACUAGCUCCUUUUACCUUUUUUUCCUGGGGUUUUGUUUCAGUGCCUAUAGAUUCAUAGGACUGAAACAUUAGAGAUGCUCACCAACCAUUGCCCAUGUAAAGAAAGAAGGGCUAUGAUGUAUAAUUCUGCUUUAAAACUAAGAAAGGCUUUCCUUGAUCGUCCUUGUUAAUGUGUUUUCCAGUAUUACUUGUUAACUGUAGUGUUAGCAUUUACAUUUUCAUAAAAUACAAAAUACAUUGUCUUGUCUCAUCUAAAGUACUUUUAUUCAUCUCAUUUGUGUGCUGAUUCCAUGUGGAUAGCAUUAAUAAACCAACUAUAUCAAAA